AGCUGCACCGCGCUCCCUUCACCACAACGAGAGACGUGUUUACCGUCGACCGGAGGCUUGUUUUCAGGCCCAGUGCACGUGUCCCUCGUCAUGACCAAAGAGGAGAACCUGGAGGCUCAGGAGAAGGAGAGACAAGACCGGGAAGAGCAGGAGGAGGGGCGGGUCCAGAGGGAUGAAGAGGAGGCGCUGACAGAGGAGGAAGUGGAAGAGGAAGAGGAAGGAGAGGAAUAUGAGUUAGAGGAAGAGAGAGAGGAGGAUGAUGAUGAGGAUAAAGCAGAUGUAGAGGAGGAGGAAGAGGAGGACAAGGAAGAAAGGCAGGAUGAAGAGGAGGAAGAAGCGGGAGCUCCAGAAGCCGGUCUGGACCAGGAUGCUGAGGUGGAUCAGGAGCCUGUGUCUGUUUCUGAGUACCAGAGUCCAAUCCACGAGCCUCGCCGGAGACCUAUGGUGCACCCGUCUGCCCAGGCACCCCUACCCAAAGACUACGCCUUCACUUUCUUCGACCCUAAUGACCCAGCGUGUCUGGAGAUCCUGAUGGACCCGCGGACCACCAUACCAGAGCUGUUUGCCAUCGUGCGUCAGUGGGUGCCGCAGGUGCAGCACAAAAUAGACGUUAUCGGAAAUGAGAUCCUGAAGCGUGGUUGCCAUGUCAACGACAGGGAUGGUUUGACUGACAUGACUCUGCUCCACUACAGCUGCAAGGCAGGCGCUCACGGCGUCGGUGACCCGUCCGCAGCGCUGCGUCUGACCAGCCAGCUGAUCUCUCUGGGAGCUGACGUGAGUCUGAGGAGCCGCUGGACCAACAUGAACGCCCUACACUACGCCGCCUACUUCGAUGUCCCGGAACUCAUCAGAGUACUGCUGAAGUCCGCCAAACCCAGAGUGCUGAACUCCACCUGCAAUGACUUCCAGCACGGUACCGCUCUCCACAUCGCAGCCUCGAACCUGUGUCUGGGCUCCGUCAAAUGUCUGCUGGAGCACGGAGCCAACCCCACCGUCAGAAACGAUAAGGGCCAUGGGCCUGCUGAGGUGGUCCCCGACCCCAUGGACAUGAGUCUGGACAAGGCGGAGGCGGCCAUGGUGGCCAAAGAGCUCAAGCAGUUGCUGCUGGAUGCUGUCCCUCUGAGCUGUAACCUCCCACGGGCCACCCUGCCCAACUACGACAACAUACCAGGGAACCUCAUGUUGUCCUCCCUGGGACUGCGGCUGGGAGAUCGCGUGAUGCUGGACGACAUGAAGUUACGUGGAGACCAGAACAGUGAGGACCGCUCGCCUGAAAACCACCACAGACAGACUGGUACUCUCAGGUUCUGUGGCACCACAGAGUUUGCCAGUGGCCAGUGGGUCGGUGUGGAGCUGGACGAGCCGGAGGGAAAGAAUGAUGGCAGUGUCGGGGGCGUCCGCUACUUCAUCUGCCCCCCUAAACUAGGUAUCUUCGCCCCGGUGUCCAAGAUCUCCAAGGCUAUGGAGCAGACGCCCACCUCAGUCACCUCCACCCCCCGCACACCUCGCAUCGAUCUGGCCUCCCGCCUCGCCGGCAAGACCAAGAAGGAGAAGAAGGAGAAGGAGCGAGAGAAAGCCCAGAAGAAGAAGUCCUCAGUGGCCAGUCUGGAUCCAGAUGGAGUGAAUGUGGAGGUUGGUGACCAAGUUCUGGUCGCUGGACAGAAGAUGGGCACCGUGCGGUUCUACGGCAAAACUGACUUCGCUCCAGGUUACUGGUUUGGUGUAGAGUUGGAGCAGCCCACUGGGAAACAUGACGGUUCAGUGUUCGGCGUUCGCUACUUCACCUGUCUGCCCAAAUACGGUGUCUUUGCCCCGCCCUCCCGCGUCCAGAGAAUUGGAGGACCCAAAGACGGCUCUCAGAAUGACAGUUCACUGGUCAAGAAAGUCCACCAGGUCACCAUGUCACAGCCCAAGAGGAACUUCAACACCAUACGCUCUCCUAAGGACCUUACAUCUGAGAGCUCCAUAUCCAGGUUGCUGUUCUGCUGUUGGUUUCCAUGGAUGCUGCGUGCAGAGAUGCAGUCUUAACCACGCCCCCUUCCCACUCUUCUUCCUUGUUCUCCAUCCUUUCAUUGGAUCCAUCUCUCCACUUCUUUCUCUCCAUCUUUCAACUUGGUCUCUCUCUCUCUUUCU